AUGGAGCAGCAACCACUCCAACCGCAGCCCCAACAGGGAGAUCUGAACUGGCGACUCAGCGGGCAUCCCAUCACGCUCCUCAUAUUCCUAGGCUUCCGUUUGGGUGCGCUGCUGAUGUACUUGUUCGGUGUUCUCUUCAUUAAUAACUUCAUCCUGAUCUUCAUCCUCACCCUGCUCCUCCUCUCCGCGGACUUUUACUACCUCAAGAACAUUGCCGGCCGCCGUCUCGUCGGUCUCCGCUGGUGGAACGAAGUCAACACCACCUCCGGCGACUCGCAGUGGGUCUUUGAGUCUGCGGACCCGAACACCCGCACCAUCACCGCAACGGACAAGCGCUUCUUCUGGCUGAGUCUCUACGUGACUCCCGCUCUGUGGAUUGCCCUGGGAAUUCUGGCUAUUGUUCGAUUGAACAGUGUGAUUUGGUUGACUUGCAUUGCAAUCGCCCUUGUGCUGACGAUCACGAAUACGACUGCAUUCUCUCGAUGCGACCGCUUCAGCCAGGCUUCGACGUACGCGAACAGCGCAUUCGGUGGUGCAAUUGUCAGCAAUCUUGCCGGAGGCUUGAUGGGGAGGCUCUUCCGCUAG